GGGCUUCCAAGGGCACUCACUUUAUACACCAACAAAUUCCUUCACUCACUUUCCAUUUGCCUCGGCUGAUCGAUGUUCUUGACCUGCAAUUGCUCUCAGAGAUUCAAUCUAUCGAUCGAUUAAAUUAGGGCAAAAAUAUGGGAGGGGGAGAGCAUGGGCAUGGAGCUGAGGAUUUCAGGAAGAAGGUGUGGAGCAUGUCCGGAGGUCCGUACUGCCGGCCCAAGCACUGGCGUCGCAACACUGCCAUUGCCAUGUUCGGCGUCUUCCUCAUCUGCAUCCCCAUUGCCAUGAAAUCAGCCGAGCUCGAGCAACGGCCUCAUCAGCCUGUCCGUCCGAUUCCUUCGCAGCUCUGGUGCAAGAACUUCGGGAACAAAGAUUAUUGAAGUCUAGCUAGGGCCGUUAAUGAAGUACCAACAGCGCUUCAAACCAGCAUAUGAGUUCGGCAGUCGGCACAGUUUAGCAAACAUGUAAUUGUUUAUUUGCAGUGGAUUUGGUAACUUUUUAUGUGAUUAAUAAGUUGUGCUUGUUUUGGCUUCUCCGUGAUAUUGACAAAUCAGCUGAUUGUAAGGUUUGAUGGUUUUGUUAAUAUCAUUACAAUGACAUUUCAGCUGUU